AUUCUGCGCGCCAGUCUUUUGAGAAAAGAUGAGGCCCCUGUCAGCUUGUAUAGCAUGUCGAAAUGCGACCGCUCCAGACCAGGUCUCAGUUGCAACUUCUGCCUCAAGAGAGGUCUCAAGUGCAGUGGAUCUUUCGACAGCCCGGUCGCAGACUUGCAUGUACCAACCAAAGAGUACGACGCUCUAGACAGCCGAGCGAAGCAUGACCGCACCCGCCAAGUAUCCUCCCUCGUCAUCCCCGAUGCAGUGCUUCGCGAGGAACUCGUUGAGCUCUAUUUUCGUUAUGUGCACAUUGCAUUCCAUAACCUCUUCCACAAACAGACAUUUCUUGAACGUGUAAGGGAUAAUUCAAUUCCUAAAAUAUUGUUCUUUGGCGUCGUAAGCCUGUCUGCCCGGUUCUCAACGCACCCUAUUUUCGCGUCUGUAGACCCAUGGGAUCGUGGCCGACCCUAUCGAGAAGAGACCAAAAGACUGCUGGACUUGGAAAACACGUCUUUAGUGAGUAUACAAGCCUGUAUGCUGCUUGUGGCGAAUGCUUCUGUAGAGGGGGACCCGAACACAGAAUCUGUUUACCACACCAUUGCCGCUCGGAUGGCAAGCUUGCUGGACCUUCCAACCAUGCCCACGAAAUCGCUUUUAGAGCAGGAGAUCAAUAGAAGAGUGUGGUGGUCUAUCAUUGCGUCUGAGACAUGGAGUUCCGCAAUUCAUUCACUUCCACGGUUAUUGAAACCGCGCGACACCGUACCUCUACCCAUGGCAGAGCACCAAUUCUGUUCUCUAGACCCUGAUGUUCCCAUUCCACCUCUGGAUUCACCUGCGUACGAAACAGUUGCUGGCUCGGGAGACAGACACUCUUUGCUCGCUCAGAUGAUACGCCUGAAUCUACUGCUCUACGAUAUCAUUCUACUCAAUGCUCGCGUCGUUGCUGAGCAAGCCCAAGGCGCGGUCUCCCAGGGUUUGGAUUCUAAUUUAGUCCAGGAUCUGCACAAUUGGGUCAACAAUCUACCACCAUUAUUGCAGUAUUCUCAAGAAAACGUGGCUCAUUGGGUCCAGUCAGGGCUGGGGUCCACGUUUCUCAUCAUGCACAUCAACUACAAUCAUGCUGGGCAACUAUUGUUCUACCAGCACCUUCAUUCGGCCCAACAAGAGCAAGACGCCCUCGGGGCGUACAAAGCUCAAACCCUGGCACAGAAAUGCAAGCAACAUGCAACGGAUCUGUGUGAGUUGAUCUACCAAGCGAAACAACGACCAGAGACCGUAGUUCUCUAUCCAUUGGCUGGUCACAUCCUCUCCCUAGCAUCUACCAUCCACAUUCACACUCUGUUAUUCGCAGUCGACGAAAGCGAAAUCAGUUUAGCUAAGUUACGAUUGGAACGAAACUUUGAAAUAAUAUCGUCAAUGAACAGGUACUGGCCCAUGACUCACAAGACUGUCAAGCGGCUGCAGCACUUUCACAAUGCCUGCUUGCGAAGCCAGGACGAUUCAUUCCGGCUGGAUACAUGGAUGCUUCAAUUUCUCCUGGGAUUCACAAAGGACAUGGAGGAUAGGAAUUCAGCGUGGUCUCAGGAUCAUUGCUCUAGAGAAUUGGACCAUCUAAGGAAUCUACUGGAAAUCUAAUCGCGAACCCCUUUUUAGUCAUUGGAGUCUGUCAAUGAUUGGACCGAAAUUAAUUUCCAUUUCUUCGCAGUUUGAAGGUGUCUCGCAGAUAGAUUGCCGAUCUCUUCGGAGUUCGUUUCAGCGUACC